CCUCGGUGUGAACGGGCCUAUACAUUAUUACAAACUACAGUCACGAAGAUGUAUUUGAUAAUGGACUACAAAUCCUACGCGCCCCCGUUUCCAGGAAGUAAUUCCCGUUGCUAUGCAAACUUGCUGUCGAGUGAGACAGGAGACGAAUGCUUACACACCGAAUAUCACAUUGUUUAGGCUGAAAAGGGUAGGCAAAACAAAGGUUACAAAUGUCGAGUGAAGCAUCGCUAAUGAAGAGACCUGGCACAGCUCGCUCCACUGUGACUGAGUUCAGUGGAUCUGGUGUAUUAAACCCCACACCUGCUGCUGACCCCGAGCCCUCUGACCUGAUGAUGGAUCAACGGUGUCUUUUACCAGAAAAGUUGAAAAUCCUGUCUGGAUCAGACAAUUUACAAGAAGUGAAGUCACUAGAGAUGUGUGUUGACACCCGACAGGUCACUCUAGACAACUUUGGAAUCUACUUGCCCAAACUUACACAGCUGAAAAUGAACAACAGUUUGAUCUCAUCUGUGCGGGAUCUCGGAACCAGCCUUUCCCACCUGCAGGUCUUAUGGCUGGCUCGAUGCGGUCUGCCUGACCUGGAGGGAAUUUCUGCUCUUUCUUCCUUAAAGGAGCUGUAUGUGGCAUAUAACAGCAUAUCAGACCUGAGUCCGGUCAGUAUGCUGGAACACCUGGAGCUGUUGGACCUGGAGGGGAAUGAUGUUGAUGAUCUGGCUCAGUUGUGGUAUUUAGGCUGUUGUGGGAAGAUCAGAAUGCUUUCACUGGAAGGAAACCCUGUGUGCACCUGCCCCAGUCCAGGCAUGUCAGAGUUAUUAGACUACAGCUACAGGUCUGCGGUCCGUGAGCUGAUCCCUCAGUUGAGUGUCCUCGAUGACGUACCUGUUGAAGAGGACAAACCUCAAUGCUGUAGAACUUCACUGCAGGAUUGGACUCUUCUGAAAGAAUCAAUCAAAGAUAGUUCAGUUAAUGACAGCCUGGAGCACACAAAUACAGAUACAGAAGAGAGAUCUGUCAGUGUGUGCGGCAUCAGACCUGCUUCAGCCCGGCCUCUUGAUCUGAGAAUCUCCUCCAAGAGUCUCUCCAGCAGUCCAGGCAGUGCCAGACCUUUCACUUCCUGCACCAGGCCAAGAACAGGGUUGACCGACUCCGACAUCGCCAUCUUGAAACACAGGGCCAGUGACCUAACAAACGGUUUUGUUCUCUGUGGGAAUCCACUACAGGCUGUUCGAGCACAAAGACAGAAAAUAAAGCUCCAAAACUCUCAUUCUCAAACCCGACCCAGCACACGGCUCAGCAGUUACGUUCCUGAACACACAUAUGACUAUGAAGAGUCAAGCAGUGAGGACCGCAGCAAUGUUUUUGCUGAGCUCAGAAGCAGGCGAAUUGAGCACAAGAAACAUCUGUUGGCUAUUGAGAAGGACCGGCAGCCGCAGGUGAUGAAAAUCCACCACAGUGAUGAUGAGUGUGAUGAUGAAGGCAACCACAGUCAUAGUUUCAGCAGUGAUGACGUCACUAAAGACAGAAACACAAGCUCCCCUGAUUCAUCCUUUCAAUCUCCCUCACCAGAAUCUCCAGAGAUGUUGAGAUUAACCUCUUCUUCAGACUGCUCCAUGUCUCCCUCACCUCCGCCUAACUCAGCAGCUCCCCCUGCCGGCCGGAGGAUAAUGCAGAUCCGCACUAGGAGACUCAGACCUCAUUAUGCUGAUAUCAGUAAACCAGAGGAGACUCCUGGGACUGUUCUCAGAAACUUGUGUCCCCAGAGUAUUAUGACUGUAUCAUCUCAGACUGAAAUAUUUCACAAACCUCAUAGACCCUUUGUUAGUCCUGCGGUCUCCCCUCUUGGAGCGCAAGGGUCAGAGGAUACUGGAAAUCAUCAAUACUCGGACAUCCAGCACAAACCAAUAACACUCUCUGAGAAACUGACACCCAGACGUCCACAAACAGCCAGAGCUGUACUGCAGAGGCUUCCAGACCAAAACCGAAGAAACGCCCAUCUGGAAUGAUGGACUGUGGGUCAGAUUAGGUCAUACGUCUUCUCACUUCAGGUUUACAGGGUUUCAGAACCACUGUAAAGUCUGCUGAAGUUGUCACUUACAUUGCUGAAUCAUUAGGGGGCGCCAUCUCCAUUAUGAUAAAUGCUUGUUUUUCUCUGCUUUAGUUUAGAUGUAUUCCAUUACAGGAGAGAGUCUUGGUCCAGAUAUUAUGUGAACACUAAUACAGAGAAAUAAUACUCUAAGUGUCCCAUUGAGACAUUAUAUUUGACGUUAAUGUCAAAUGACUCAUGCUUCAAAACUGUUUUCCUGUCAUAGAUCUCCAGCAGCGCAGCAUCCCUAUCUGUCAGAUUCUUGACAUGUCUGGUCUUGCAGGUACAGUGUGUGCAGACGCAGGUGCAAGACUGUUACUCCACAUGUCUCUGAAAUAUUUUCCACAGAUGACAAGUCAGAUAACAGAGUGUUCUGAGAAGCCACAUAUAAUUAAUCUGUCGAUAAUUUCUACAGGGUCCAAGCAUUUGGGCAGUAUUUAGGUUUUUUAGUAUUUUUAACAAUGUACAGUACAUCCAGAUAUAUAUCUCAAUGAUAAAAUAACAAAAUACAAUACACAUAAAACGACUAAAAUACAGUAAGAAAUUUUGUUGGAGGGUUACAGUUGAACAUCAAAUACUGUUUGUUAAUAAAGGCGAAUGGAGAAGGAAAAACAA